CUUUGUGGAUGCGUGUGCGCGCGCGCGUAAUCCGAGCCUUGGAGCGCUGAAUGAGCGCCGACGCGCUACCUUCCCUUCUCGGGAACUUUUUCUGGGAGGUAGAGUGCGUGGCGCAACCGCCCGGCUGGAGGGAUGUGAAGACGGGAAGGAAUCCGUGGGACAUGAGAGGAGCGUGAGCUAAGAGGUCUGUGCUGCAGGACGACACAUUGGAAGGAACAGAACGGGAAAGGAGAAAAUGGCCGAGCUGGUGGAGAAUGGUGGGGUGGUGGACUGGCAGAAGCGCUGCGUAGCUCUCGAAUCUCAGUUGCUCAAGUUUCGACUGCAAGCGAGUAAAAUACGGGAAUUGCUGGCAGAGAAGAUGCAGGAGCUGGAGCAACGAGUGAUGGAGGCAGACCAGCGGGCAGAGCAAGCUGAGAAACAGCUACAGGUUAUGGAAGAAAAGUUGAAGUCUGCUAAUGUUCAUCCAAGUGAGUCGGAGAAUGCACUCUACCGAAGGUACCAGGAGCUGUCCAGCCAGGCGAGAGAGAAGGACGAGUUGAUCCAGAACCUGGAACUGCAACUUGAGAAGCAUAACCAGCAGAGAGCACAUGAGGCCCGAGUGAUUGAAGAAAAAGCUGCAAAAAUCAAGGAGUGGGUGACCUUCAAACUGCGUGAGCUCGAAGUUGAGAACUAUCAGCUGAAGAUGUCCAAUCAGAGGCAAACGGAGCUCAUCCAACUACUGCAGGACAAGAUUCAAGCGCUGCUGGAAAACUCUGGGUCAUUUCCAAAUGCUGAGUCUUCACAGUCGACAACUGCUUUUCCUAUCGUGAACUCUCCCAGCAGUCCCCAAGCCGUGGAAGAACCUAGAAGACCACCUCCCACACGCCUCCUGCCGUCUCCACCGCGGCACUAUCAAGAUAUGAAGAGAAAGGGUGGUGAUGGCUGUGACUUUCCAAAGAGCUGUUCACCUCCUCUUCUUGGUCCAAGGGUUUCCCCUCUCCAUGACUGCCAGUCCAAAUCUCCUUCAUCUGGCAGGAAGAAGGCUUGCCCAGAAUCAGGAGACAGACUUCACAGCCCCAGCAUCAUUGCAAACCCAGAAGAGUCUCUACUCAAGGCUAAAGACAGCCAGUCCUCUAACUCCAUUCCCGAGACCCACGUUCCCAGUGCUCUGUGUGAAGACACUUCUGAAAAAUAUGGCAAGGAGCCCCUAGAUAUGGUGAAUGGAGAUGUGCCUUUGCUUGAAGCUGGUAAAGACCAAGAUGGCCUACUGGAGCAGAGCGUGCCAAAACGAGGAUCAGAGUGCGAGAUCUCUUCUGAUGAGCUCAACAACCGGUUCCGCUCUCAGCGGCUUCAUUCCUCCUCCUCUUCCAGCGAAGCCAAUGUGCCGAGCCCACUUGACACCCCAGGUCUUACACCUAAGCAGUCCACUUCUUCAUUAUCUCCUCUAAAUUCAUCUUUAAUGGCUGGGGUCAACCCAUCUGGUGCUAGCAUGACAUUACCCAAGGUACGCACUCCCCUCACACCCAGAGACAGCAUCCAGCUGGCCAAGAAGCACUACAGCCAGCCACAGCCAGGGACGGACCGCCUCCACCACAUCAACGUCAGCAUUGACAUCAACUCGUUCAGGCCCACGGACCUGCCACAGCUACGUCCCAUUCACGUGGAAGAAACUGACAUUGACGAGGUUCCUGAUAAGAUGGAUACCGAAGAUGCAGAGGAAGAGUUGGCAGAAGAACAGAAUUUUUUUGCUCCACUUCCAGAACGUCUAGAGUUUUUCGAUUCUAGUAUCACCAAGCCACCGACACCCCCACUGCACAGAUUUCCGUCUUGGGAGAGUCGCAUUUAUGCUGUAGCCAAGUCGGGAAUGAGACUAUCUGAGGUGCCUUUAGGAAAUGGAACACCUAGUCGAGUUUCCAAUUUUCCACUUUAUCCUGUCUCUGGACCUUUUACUCACCUCAUCUACCGAAACGUCAUGGUUCCAGUGUACACCACCAUCAAAGGGAAAGCCACCCAGAUCAGCAAUGUCCCCUUCCUGGACGAGUCCUCAGGUUCAGAGGAUGACAGCAGCUCCCAUGCCAGUCUCCGCACUUCAUCGGCGGUGUUAGAACAGAAGAAGAGUACCACUCCAGGCAGCCCCAGGGCCAUUAAGAGGGGGGUCUCCAUGUCAUCCGUGAGUUCGGAGAGCGACUACGCCAUUCCUCCCGACGCCUGCUCUUUGGACAGUGAUUACUCGGAGCCUGAACACAAGUUGUUAAGGACCUCCUCCUAUUCCUCAGAGAGCAGCUGUGCUGAGCCUUUGGAGAAAUCGGGGUACCUUCUGAAAAUGGGAAGCCGUGUGAAAGCAUGGAAACGACGCUGGUUUGUUUUAAGGAAUGGAGAGAUCUUGUACUACAAAUCACCAAGUGAUGUGAUCAGAAAGCCGCAGGGCCAGAUCGAGCUGACUUCCUCAUGCCGCAUCGCUCGAGGUGAAGGAGCUCAGACCUUUCAGCUAAUCACUGAAAAGAAGACAUACUACUUGACCGCUGAUUCCCCGAACAUCCUGGAGGAAUGGAUCCGGGUCCUCCAGAACCUGCUCAAGGUGCAGGCCACUAAUCCAGUCAUCACAGAGGCUGCUGGGAAGCCCUCUGUUCGAGGAUGGCUUACUAAGGUGAAGCACGGACACUCCAAACUGGUGUGGUGCUCACUCAUUGGGAAGGUAUUCCACUAUUAUCGGAACCAGGACGACCGGUUCCCUCUUGGUCAGCUGCGGAUGAGAGAAGCACGUGUUGAAGAAGUGGAUCGGUCAUGUGACUCUGACGAGGACUAUGAGGCGGGUGGCCGCGGUUUCCUCUCCUCCCAUUACACUCUGGUGGUCUACCCCAAAGAGCAGAGCCCCACUUAUCUGCUCAUUGGGAGCAAGCAUGAGAAGGAUGCCUGGCUGUACCACCUGACUGUAGCGGCGGGAAGCAGUGGAUGCUCAAAGGUGGGCACUGAGUACGAGCAGAUGAUCAGCAAACUCCUCGACUUAGAAGGCGAUGCAGUGUGGAGUUGGCUGUCGGGGUGCAAGCGUACACCUGUCUUAACCUCUACAGCUUGCCUGUUUGUGCUCGCAGACUCCCCCUUGUGGAACUUGCCGAUAUUGUGCUACAGCAAAGAAGGCCUCCAUUCACCCCUGACCACUCUGCCUUCUGAAGCCCUGCAGACGGAGGCACUAAAGCUUUUCAAGUCAUGCCAGCUGUUCAUCAAUGUCCUUGUUGAGGCUCCAUCGAUUGACUACCACGUGUCUCUAGCACAAAAUGCCCUACAGGUCUGCUUGACCCAUUUGGAGCUACAGAACGAGAUUUACUGCCAGCUGAUUAAACAGACCAACCGCAGGCAGCCACACAACUACUCUUUGAUCCAGUGUUGGCAGUUGCUGUCCUUAUGUGUUGCCCUCUUCCUGCCUCACCAACGCUUCCUUUGGUAUCUCAAGGUAUACUUACAUCGAUGUGCCGACCCAAAGAGCGAAGUUGGAAAGUAUGCCAUCUACUGUCAGCGAUCUGUAGAACGAACGCUUCAGAAUGGUGACCGCGAGGCCAAGCCAUCACGAAUGGAGAUCAUGUCCAUCCUGCUGAGAAAUCCUUACCACCAUUCGCUGCCAUUCAGCAUCCCCGUGCACUUCAUGAAUGGCACCUACCAGGUUGUGGGAUUUGACGGCUCUACUUCAGUGGAUGAAUUCUUAAGCACUCUGAACCAAGAGGCAGGAAUGAGGAAGCCAGCCGUUUCUGGCUUUUCCCUUUUCACUGAUGACCCUUUGGGAAAGGACCUGGAACACUGUUUACAAGGAUCCAUCAAGAUCUGUGAUGUGAUUUCCAAAUGGGAGCAGGCUCUGAAGGAGAUGCAUUCUGGGAAGUAUGAUGGCAGCAGAACAGUGCGGCUAACAUAUAAGAGCAGGAUGUGUUUCCGAGCACAGGCCAAAGGGGAGACCGAGAGAGAACGCCUGCUACUGGCCUAUCAGAUCAAUGAUGAUGUCAUCCAUGGCCGUUUUCCAGUCAACAAGGAGCUCGCUUUGGAGGUGGCAGCCCUGAUGGCACAGGUUGAGUACGGCGAUUUGGAUCGACCAGCUCCGGCUAGUCCUGGAGGGUCCUCCCAAGCCAAGAUGCAGCAGUUACUCCUUCAGGUGCUGGAUAAGUUUUACCCCAAACGGUACAAGUUGGAUUCAAGUCCCGAACAGCUCAGGCGGCUGGCGGACAGGGUGGCAACUAAAUGGAUGGUGCUACGUGGCUGCAGCGCCUCUGAGUGUGUGCGUAUUUAUCUGACUGUUGCUCGGAAGUGGUCUCUGUUUGGAGCCAAGCUCUUCACUGCUAAGCCAGUUCCACCAUCACCACUGGAAGAGAGCACAUUGUGGUUGGCGGUCAGUGAAGAAGGCAUCAGUAUCUUGGAGUACAGCACAAUGCGCUUGAUCCUCACCUACCCUUACCAGUCAGUGAUGACAUUUGGUGGGUGCCGUGAUGACUUCAUGAUUGUCGUGAACCAGGCAAAAGAUGGGAUCUCUGGAAAAAGGACAAUCAAGAAAUUGGUGUUUGCGAUGCCAAAGCCUAAGAUUCUUGAGCUGACUUUGCUUGUGGCAAGUUAUAUCAAUUAUUGGACAUCCAGUUUCCUAUCUGCUGACCCGUCUCUCAGCACAAUGCCGGACAAAAAGCUGUGGGAUGUGGAUAACAAGCAUUUCCCCUCCAUGACCCGCACCACCAAGGGGCCCACUCUGCUGUGAUGUACGGUUGAGACGUCAGCAGACUGAAGAACGGGUGAAGUGUGUGUCAUUCGUAUUCUGCACAGAUCAAAGGCCAGCUGAACUUGAAUGUGAAUGGUACUGGAUGCCGUUGCCACAGAAAAGGUAACAACAUCUGACAGAAACCGCAGUGACAGCAUCCUGGUAGCAGGGAGCAGCAUUGAGACGAAUUUCAACCGUGGAAGCUGGAACACGAAAUACACACAUGCAUUAUGACUCAACAGUCAGUGUGGCUGAAAUGGACCGACAGAUAACACGACAUUUCACUGAAGGAGUGUCUGAUGUGACGAGUGGAAGGUUUCCAUGAACAUCACAGACAGUUGCUGCCAUUGCUUUGUGGGAUGCUAUACAAAAAAUAAAUUGAGUUGAAAGGGGAACAAUGAACACAAAAAAAUGGGGGGACACUUGAACGCUACUUACUUGUCUUCUGUAAUCGAGCCUUUGUACCUUUCUUUGGAACAAGGAGGUCUUCUCAUCUUACUGGCUUCCUUUAAGUCAAAACCAGUGUGGCUUAGCCAAACGAGUCCUGUGGAAAUGUCAAGAGCUGCUGAAGGCUUUUACUUGUUCAAUUUAUUUAUUUUUAGUUGUUUUUUUUUUUAAUGCUAAAUACAUCCAGUAAAUGUAUCCAACACUGGAAUCAUCCUGAUACUCUUGGAAUGACAACUGGAAGUGCUUCCUACCUGCUGGCCUGAAGAUUCAAAAAGGAGAUGUUUGGUGUUAAAGAUCACAUGGCCCCAGGAGCAAAAAUCCCCUUCAAAUUAUUCAGCAGGCUGUGAGGACAAAUCUAAAGCGGAUAUUUUUUUUUUCUUUUUCUUAGAACGGAAGACCUGACCGGAAAGUUCCUAUGAGCUUUCCUUGUACUUAGAAGCACACAGAGACUGAAAGUCGUGGUGAUAGGUGGUCAUAGCUGACCAUGACAUUGUAGGAAAUCCAUGAUCUCUAGAGGUAAUCAUUUGAGAUUGAGUUUAGAACAAGAAAUUAUACUCCCUUACGGAAAUCGUCUGCAUCUACAGCAAGCACAAUGCGACACCGACAUGGCGGCGGAAGCCCUUUUUUGGUAGGGCUGGAGAAUUGCGUAGCUGUGUUCAAUCUGAACAGACAACUCUGGAUAUCCCGGAUACUGUGCACUGUAACGGCACUGGCUGCAAGGACUGUCUGCCAUUGUCCAGGAAAGCACCUGACGCCCCUCGGGAAAGAUCAGAGAUGACGCCAGCUGCCUAAGUGACCAGGGCCCACGCCGCGUCUUCAUGUUUACACCAAAAGAACAAAGUGAGCGACAACAAUGACUGCAAUUCGCAGCCAAAUGACAACGGUAGUUAAAUAACACAGCAUAGAAAAUAGUCUUCUCAUGAAUUAAACAAUGCGUUUUAGAACAGGGGUCCCCAACUCCAGUCCUGGAGGGCUGCAGUGCCUGCAGGUUUUCAUUUUCACCCUUUUCUUAGUUAAGUGACCUGUUUUUGCUGCUAAUUAACUUCUUUUGAGUUCAUUUUAUUUGACUUGCUCUUGAAGACUCGGACCCCUUCAUUGUUUCUUUUCCUUAAUUAGCAGCCAAACAAUAAUGAGAUACAA